AUUCCAAACUCCUCUCCGCAGGUUUCCAUUAUCUUUCCCUUUUGUUUGAAGAAAAGAUUGAUGGCUCCUGCAUCAAGAAAAGACCUAGAUGGGCUAAAGAUUGCAGUUACUGUGAUGCUCUUCUUUUUUCUCACAUUCUUUCCUUCCAAAUCAGCUGGGCGGGCAAUGUUUGCAGGAGACAGAGAGCGUCUGGAGCAAAUGAAAUUGGUUUUGGGUUCAAAGCCUCCUCGGUGUGCGAACAAGUGCCUAAGUUGCAGGCCCUGCAUAGCUGCUUUAGUUACAUCUCCACACCAUAGAACUGAGUACUUCAACGUAUCAUCUCAGCGAGAUGAGAGCUAUUAUCUUCUCUCUUGGAAGUGCAAAUGUAAAGAUAAGUUCUUCCAACCUUGAUUA